AAAUUUGGGUUAAAAACAUUGGUCUUAUACUAUAAUUCAAUUAACAAUGUCUUUGGAUAUUAAUAAACAGACAGAAUUUCAUCUACGACAUUUAAAAAUGCUUCCACAUAAUUAUUUAUUUACAGAUACAAGCCGAAUGAGUAUAUGUUUUUUUUGUAUCUCUUCUCUUGAUCUUCUUGGUUCAUUAGAAACGUCUACAACAUCUUUACAAAGGAAAAGCUGGAUAGAUUGGAUAUAUUCAUGUCAAGUAUCAAAUGGAUUUCGUGAUUGGCCAGCAACAGAAUCUUUUCAACCUUCAUGUGAUAAUUUAGUUCAUAUAGCAUCUACAUAUUUUGCAAUAUGUAUUCUUCUAAUACUUAAAGACGAUUUGAAAAGGCUAAAUAGGAAAAAUAUCAUAGAAUCAAUUGCACGUUUACAGAAUGAAGAUGGGAGUUUUCAUCCAUGUUUAGUAAAUGACGAAAAUAUACAUUAUUUAGAGAAAACAGAUAUAAGAUUUACAUAUUGUUCAAUUGCUACUUUUUAUAUCCUUGGAUGCAAAAAUAUAGAUAAAUAUAUACAAACAGAACCUCUUUUAAAAUAUAUAGAAUCUUGCAAGUCAUAUGAUCAUGGAUUUUCAGAAAAUCCAAAGAGAGAAUCACAUGCGGGGUAUACAUAUUGCGCAGUUGCAUCACUUAGUUUACUCAGAGAUAUGUCGCCUUUUGUAAAUAAAAAGCUAUCAUCUUUAUCUUUAGAAAAAACUGUAGAUUGGUUGCUGAAAAAACAAUUAUCAAAUAUUGAUGAUUACGGAGGGUUUUCAGGAAGAACAAAUAAACCUUCUGAUACAUGUUAUUCUUUUUGGGUUGGAGCGGCAUUAAAAUGUCUUGAUGAUGAUAUGAAUUAUAUAUAUAAAGAAUCAUGUAAAGAAUUCCUUUUAAAUAAAACUCAUAGCAUAGGAGGGUUUGUAAAAUCUAAGGGCCAAUAUCCAGAUGUAAUGCAUUCCUAUUUCGCCCUCGCUGCACUUUCGAUUUUUGGUGAGAAGAGUCUUUUAGAAAUUGAACCAGCUCUUGGUAUUUCAAAAAGUUCAUUACAAGGUUUAAAAAUGUUCAACGAAAAUUAAUUUUUUUUAAUAAACUCAUCAUCUAAAUAUUAAAGUUAUUUAUUUG